UUUAUCCUGUAAAUCGCUCUGGAUAAUAGCGUCUGCUUAAUUAGUCAAAUAUAAUUUGUUGUUGUAGUACCCCUCCACGACAGUAGGCGUCAUUAAGUGUGUAAAGGUCCUGAUGUUUUUGUCCCACUGUUGUAGAAGACGGAAGCAGAUCGGUCGCGGUUUGUGAGUGAUUCAAUUACAACAAAUAGUGUUAUAAAAUAAAUUAAACAUACGUUUAAAUCAGUAAUUAGGCUAGAUAGUAACCUUGUGCAACAAGCGUUAUACAGUAUCACAGAUCAGUCAAAUAAGAUCGUUUCUGGAUACUUUCCGGACAAUGAAGAGCGCAUGCCUCCAUGGCCACAAGGUGUUUCUGUCCAGGUGGAGCCUCUGAAAAUUAGCCAUCUUCACUGUUGCAAUCAGAACUGAGCCACCAUGUCAGACUUCACCAUUGAUAUCCAGCUGACAGAACUAGGGUUCCCUGACAUCUUGCAGCCCAGAGAAACGACCUGUGUGAAGGAGACCCCAUCGCCUUCGUCCUCUAACAAUAUCUCCCCUGGACCCCUGGCCAACCUCCAAACCCCCAGUUCCUCGCCUCCUCUUCCUGCUGCACUCACCCCCACAGCUGUGGACCCAGAACCGGUUGGUGUUGAUCAGCUGGUUUCUGUAGCCUCACAUACUGCUUCUACAGUACAGCAGGUUGCCUCACAGACUGGCCCUCACAUUACAGUAACCCCAAGUCCCUCUGGGCCCCCUGAGACACUGACAAUACUCUGCCCACCCUCUCCUUCUACAAACAAACCGGUGGCAGUGGCACACACUUCACGGCCUGUUACUCCCAUAUUGCUACCCAAGAGUUUAGCAAGUGGUCAAAGCAAUAGCCUUUACCAAACCCCCAAAAUAACUAAAACUGUCCUGAUAUCUGUGUCUCGUGUUGGAGCUGGGACUGCGUUGACUGCUGUACCAGCUCCUUCCACUUCCCCUGUUGAACACUUAAGAACAAUUAAGAAUGAUUCCAAGCUGCCACUGGCAGACCAGACUGCUAUGUUUCAGACUCCUCCAAAACCUGUAAACACAGGGAAGCGAGUAAGGGCGGUCGCUGAGGAAGAAGAACCAGGAGAAAAAAUUGGAGAGGGAAUAGGAGGGAGAAAUGGAGGGAAAGGUGUUUGCGAUGAUGAUGGGAAAGAGCAAGGACCAAAAAAGAAAGAAGCAGGAGUUGCAAAGAGUUUAGAGGAGGAUUCUGAGGAAACUGAUGACAGUGAGGUUUCUGAGAAUGAGGAAGAUGAGGAAGAGGAAGAGGAGGAGGAGGAACUUGACCCAGAAGCAGAGCCUGGAGGUUCAGGCGAACACAACUGUAGCGUCUGUGACGUUGUCCUCUCCUCCAGCAUCCAGCUCCAGGAGCACAUGAACCUGCACACAGGGGCACGCCCCUACUGCUGCGCCGAGUGUGGCAAGCGCUUCUGUCAGCUGGCCAACUACCGCUCCCACCUGCGGACCCACGCCCAGCCCCAGACCUCAGGCCCACUUGUACAACUCCGCUGCCGCGUUUGCCUGAAGGGCUUUGAUUCUGAGCAGGGUUUAAAGGACCACCUAGCCAAGUCCCACUUUGAGAAGGAGUUCUAUGAGUGUGACGCAUGCAAGCGUGUCUUCACCUGCCUGACCAAGUGUGAGGAGCACCUGGAGGAGCACAAGCGCGAGCUGGCUGGCCACGUGUGUCUGCAGUGCUGCCGCCGCUUCCGCCUGCGCCGCUCUCUCCGCCGCCACAAGGAGCGGGGGUGUGUCCGCAGCUAUCGCUGCACUGACUGCUCCCUGAGCUUCAGCCGCAAGAAUGCCCUCCUCAAGCACAGCUUCUCCCACCUUGGCCUGCUGCCUUACACCUGCAUCCAGUGCCGCCGCCAUUUCCGCCUGGCCAGACUCUACCGUAAGCACGAGUGUGAGCCGGAGUGGCUCCACUGCGUGGCCUGCCUGGGCGUCUUCCACAGCCAAAACGACUUCCAGAGGCACAAGAGGGAGACAGGCUGCUGGGGCCAGCAGGGGACCAAGGGAGAUGAGAUCCGCUGUAUGGAGUGUGGCCAGUCCUUCUCCACGGCUGACGAGCUGAAGAAGCACGCCGGGGCUCACCAGAGGGUGAUGACUUGCUCCGAGUGCGGCAAGGGCUUCCGCUCGGCCUUGAUGCUGAUGUCACACAUGGGGGGCCACGCAGGGUCGAGGCCCUGUCUGUGUAAGAACUGCGGCCUGGGCUUCCCUCAUCAGCAGGGUUACGAGAGCCACCUCAAGGACUGUGGACGCAAACCCCCUCCUGUGAUGGCUCCGAAGAAACCACGGAAGGACGCCCCUGCUGCUCCUUCCAAACCCCUACCCCAGCUCGCUCCAAGGGAUCUCCCUCUCCCUGCUCCUGUGAAGAAACCAGAGAGACAAGCGUCAGCACCACUUCCUACUCUGAUGAGAAUGCCAGGCUCUGCCCCUGCCAGAGUCACUAUGGGAGUCCCUGUUAAAGUUUCUAACACCACUACUGUCCGCGUGGUGAGCCCUGACCAACCCACCAAGGGGCUGUGGAAGCUCAGCCUGGACAAACAGCCACCUCCUGGGGUGUCCUUGGUCAUGUUUGUCCCUGCCAACACCCCUCUGGCCUCUGGCCUCUCUGGCCCAUCCUCUACCCCCCAGCUUCCAGCCCUCUCAGGCACCCAGCCCCAGUGGAAGGUACUCAACCCAGCACCAAAUCCAGGAGCCCCUCCUCCGGUGCUGGGCCAGUCCAGCUUCACCUCUGAGCCGGGUCUGAGCCUCAUAGCAGGGGCAAACCGGCGCUACUCCUCUGAUGCCCCACUGGAUCUGGCCUUAAAGACAGCUGACUACAAACAGGAGCCUGCUAAUAUACUACCUCUUGAUCUGUCUAACAAGUCGACUUGCUCCACUCCUCCUGCUAACCUUGUAGUCAAGACUGAACCGAGAGACCCUGAGUUUGCAGAGGAGACUGAGGAAGAAGAAUUCACGAGUUUAAGAGGUGAUAAGAAGGGGCUAGUCUUUCAGAGUAAGAGGGAGCCAGGGGAGGAUUAUAACAUGGAGGCUAUGGUUCAGAAGGGGGAAAACAGAGAAGGGAGUGGAGAUGAAGACUGGCAGAAUGACUGCAGAGAUGAUGGAACAGCUCCGUCUCAAAUGAAGAAGGCACCAAAGCCGGGAGUCCCGUCAACACUGCGGCUCUUAACUGUCAAGCAAACAGAACCUUUGAAGAACACUGCCGAAGUGGAUCCAGUGAAUCAGCUGAAAAUCGAGUCAGUCAGCUCUUUGCACUCCAAAAUGCCUCGGGGCUUAGUCCAGAUAAAGCAGGAACCACUGUGUCUAGAGGCUGACAGUGGAACACAGAGCUCAGACUUCUGUUCGUCCAGCAGUCUGACAGCAUUGAAGAGGAAGACGGAGCCAGACGUGGGGCUGGACUUGAGAUGGGAUGGGGGCACCCCAGGCUGUGUGCUCGACUUGAGGUUGAAUGGAGGGAACCUAGCCACUCAUGAUGCAGCUGAGAAAGCAGAGGAGAGGAAUGUAGAAGUAGGCCAUGUUGAGGAGGAGCUUGAGGGUGGUGAGAAGGAUGGAGCAGCAGAGGAGAGGAAAGUGGAUAAGGAUGGAUUGGAGGAGAGGAAAGAGAAGGGUGGAUCGGAGGAGAGGAAAGAGAAGGGUGGAACGGAGGAGUCUGAUGCCCCUGUUGAUGAACCCACAGCCCAUAGCCCAGAAAAACAGCUCCCCUCCUCUCCCAUCCCUUCUCCUCCCUUCUCACCACCAUGUAAAAGACGAAGGUCACUAAGGGCAAGGGAAAAGCCUAGAGCCCUGCAUGACUGUUUAUUAUAACUGCAGUACUUUAGACAGAGUGAAAAAUAGGAUUGCUGACGACAAUGUUAAUUAGGCUGCCUUUUAAGGGCCAGAGGAAAACAUAACCAACCCUACUGUAAAACAAGUUAUACUAGGCUUGUUAUUAAAUUAUAAUAGCAACGGAUUAGUGGUGAUUUUUCUAUACCGUGCCUCUCUACAUUAGUUUGCCCUCUGGAUUUGGUUGCUUUCCUGUAUUACAAAUAUUUUUUGUUAGCUAUUUAAUACAUACAAUGUCUAUGUUUAAUGUACCUGCUAGUGCUUAGUGAGCUAGCUAACAAUCCUCGUUGUUAGCCGCUUCCGGUGUGGUGAGAGAUUGAGUUUAGAGUAAAUAGUGGCUAUUGUUUUCUAUAUUACAGUAGUUUUGUAUGUUGGCAAUAGGAUCAUGCACUUCUUCCAGUGUUACCGCACACCUUUCCAAACACUCCAUAUCUAUUUGACUAUACCAACAUAACUUAUUUGGGUUGUAUGUUGUCUAGUUAGUCUUCAAUUUAAUGUCAUUGUAAUUUGUGUUGUUUCUACUCUAUAUAAGCUGCUGUAUGGGACUUCAGUCGCCAAUGUUUCUUAUUCAGGUACUGAUGGGGAGUGUUUGGGAGCCAUGAUUUAAUGUACUGUCAACUUUCUGAGAAAUGCUUCUCAACAGAUCGGUUUUUGUUUGAUUUGAGUUCCAUAAUGGGUAUAAUAUGCAAGAAAAUAUGUGCCGACCAAUUUUAAUGUUAAAUUGGUUUGUGUAUCUUUUUCUAUCACGUUGAAUGUCUUACCCCAACUUCAACUGAACGGUUGUAGCGUUUUAGAACAUUCUGUUCUGAAAUUGGGAUCUUCUUCAAGGAUACAAAUAAAGAUCAAUGUAUCGCGA